ACUUUGUGACUGUGGUAACUAGUGACGACCGAACAACAGUGUAGAGGGGGAAGACGUUUCGAAUGCAGCUUACUUUGGUAAGAAGCGAACAGUUCUUCUGCGGGAGCUGAGAGUGCUGUGACUGUCGGCGUAGCAAGGUUCAAAGUUGCUUCUGAUCCGCACCUUUGGAUUUUUGCCAACUCGGAUUGAGGUUGCUCUGUGAAAGCGGGCGAGAUACAAUGUAUCCAAGCCUGCUCUCUCAUUGCUCCGUGGUCCUCUGACGAGCUAAAACCCCACUGUCUAUGGAGGGACAAACGAAGAGCGCAACGCUCAGGUACCAAGUACCCCCAUUUCGGUUAUCUGGGAGAUGGUAACAAAUGAACGGCACUGGAGGGAACAUGGUUGAGAGGACCAGCAAAUUUUUGUUGAUCGUCGUCGGAUCCGUCUUCUUCAUGAUGAUUUUAUAUCAGUACGUGGCUCCUGGGGUGAUGAACUUCGGGUCUCCACAGGGGUACCUCGCCGAGGACAACAUGGAUAUUUUCCCUACUCCGGAUCCCCAUUAUGUAAAAAAGUACUACUUCCCUGUCAGAGACUUGGAACGCACCGUUGAUUUCGAGAUCAAGGGUGAAGACGUGAUAGUGUUUCUUCACAUACAGAAAACUGGCGGAACCACUUUUGGCAGGCAUCUGGUGCAAAAUGUUAGACUAGAAGUCCCGUGUGAUUGCAGACCAGGGCAGAAAAAGUGUACAUGCUACCGUCCCAACAGAAAGGAGACCUGGCUGUUUUCGAGGUUCUCCACUGGCUGGAGUUGCGGGUUACAUGCAGAUUGGACCGAGCUCACAAACUGCGUUCCCGGAGUGCUCAACAAGAAGGAAAACAAAUCGAAAAAACUGAGGAAGUUCUACUACAUCACCCUGCUGAGGGACCCUGUGUCACGCUACCUGAGCGAGUGGCGCCAUGUGCAGCGCGGCGCCACCUGGAAGACGUCCCUCCACAUGUGCGACGGGCGCACGCCCACGCCCGAGGAGCUGCCGCCCUGCUAUGAGGGUACGGACUGGUCCGGCUGCACGCUGCAGCAGUUCAUGGACUGCCCCUACAACCUGGCCAACAACCGGCAGGUGCGCAUGCUCGCCGACCUCAGCCUGGUGGGCUGCUACAACCUCUCCACCGUGCCCGAUAAGCGGCGCUCGCAACUUCUCCUGGAGUCGGCCAAGAAGAACCUGCGCGACAUGGCCUUCUUCGGUCUGACGGAGUAUCAGCGCAAGACGCAGUUCCUGUUCGAGCGCACCUUCCGACUGCGCUUCAUCCGCCCCUUUGUGCAGUACAACAGCACGCGGGCAGCCGGCGUGGACCUGGACAAUGACACGGUGGCGCGCAUCGAGGAGCUCAACGACCUGGAUAUGCAGCUGUAUGACUACGCUCGCGACCUCUUCCAGCAGCGCUACCAGUACACUCGGCAGCUGGAGAGACGCGCGCACCGCUUGGCGCUUCGGGGUCGCGGUCUCGACCCCCGGGAUUUUCUCAGAGAUGAGGGCGGUAUGGGGGGCGAAGGGACAGCCAGGCUGCCCACAGAGGACUACAUGAACCACAUCAUUAACAGGUGGUAGCCCCCACCCCAACCACCCACCUAGACACCCACUUUCCUGACCUCCCCAUUGUCUGGUAUGGUGAGGUUGCAUCAGAGUGAAUGUUUAGGAAAGUUUAAAUUUGGCACUUGUGGUUUGGGAAGGAGACAGUUGCAGAGGAUUGGGUGACUUACCUGUGGACUUUGCAUGAGCCAAGCUGUGGGUUGCGGACCAGAUGAUAUCCCUUCUGGCUCCUAGAUGACAUAGACGUUUUGGUCUUCUUAGACUAUGUGGAGAGGUCAGAUAUUUGUGAUUGGAAGCCCAUGAUAAACCUGAGUCACCCUCUGGAGUUCUAGAAGCAGCAACUGUCUCUACACUCCUCAGAUUUUCCUUUACAAAGUAAACAAACUUGUUUUACUUGCCGUUCUAUGUCUUAGCCCACAAGAAUAACCUAUGUGCUUAAUAAGUUGUUUGAGGAGUUUCAAAGCAGUGAGAUGAGAAAUUACCUGUACUUUGGGCCAAAAGUAUUUCAAUAGUGUCUAAGCAAAGGACAUUUCCGACAAGCUAUCUUUUUAUUUAUUCAAUUGCUUUCUGAUCAUUUUAAAUAGAUAUUUUUCCAAUGUGAGAGACUAUUUGGCCCACCUUGAUAUACAGUAUGGCACUUGUAAGUGAUAUAAAGUCAUGAUUGUCAUAACAUACCCAUCAAUUUGCUGAAAGUUUACUAACAUGUAUCAAAGUUUAGAGUUAUAUCUUAAUAUAAAUGACGGAUAAACAGAUUUUUUUUUUUACACUUGUAUGUUUUCACCAUUUUGUCUGAAUGUCUAUGAAGAGGCCAGUCUCUUUGGUUCCGAUGUAUUUUAAUUCACCCGUUGGAUUGGGAUCUGUACACUAAAGGAGAUGUACAUGAAUGAGAAGGUAAAUGAUUGACAUGAAGGUUCGUCAUGUGAUUGUCUAGGAACAUUUUCGACCACAUAAUCUACAUACAACAAAGGAUGCUCAACAGGAGACGGACUGGGGGUCUCAUACUGAAGGGAGACACUAAAAACAGGAAACACUGUCAUUCUUAUUACUUGUACAAAGGUGUGUGUGUGUGUGUGUGUGUGUGUGUGUGCGCUUUUGUUUCUGUGCUUUCAUGCUCAAUACAUUUCCCUUCUCUGUUUGGGAUCAAGUGUGUCAUUUAAAACCAGAAUACAAUGAAAAUGUGUAAUGGAUGGAUUAUUAGUCGAGGUUGCCAUGCUCCCCAAGAUGUGUUUUAUUUUUAAUAAUGCAUAUUUAAAUGUAUAAAAGUACAGGUAAAAUAUUAAAGUUGAAGAAUGGACAGCCUCUUGCCAACCACAAACUCUUUUUGUUAAUAAUCUUUUAAUUAAACAAAAAAAUAGAAUGAUCCCCUGGAGAGCGGUGUGUUUAAUUAAAAUUCAAACACAAUGGGUAUGGACAUGAUAUAACCAUUAUCAUUAAAUACUGGUGUAUAUGGAACCUCCAUAUUUGUCCUAUUUAUAAUUCUGCUGAUAAAGUCUCCAAUCCAACAGCAAAUACUGUGAUCCCACAGGCAUGGCCAGUACUAAAAACAGGGCCACAUCUGAAUGUUUCGGGAGUGUUAAGAUGCUAAGGAAUUAUUAUUAUUAUUAAGGAAAUAUGGACCAGUGUGUGCAGAUCCUGCAAAUGACUCAUAGUCUUGUCAUCAAUAGCAGAAUGUUUGUUUGAAUGAGUUCUACUUAUGUCCCAGGGCUCAUAAGCAACCAUUUCACGUUAAAGUCUACACCAGUUGUAUUCGGUGCAUGUGACAAAAUAACAUUUGAUUUGAUUUGACCCUCUCCAGAGCAGAGAUCAAACAAUGGGUUCCGGAAGAUUCCGCUGAUGCAAAGUAUUUUUUAUCUUAUUUGGGAAAGAUAGUUUUGGGGAGGAUUGGUUACAAAUCGUGUGUGUGUGUGUGUGUGUGUGUGUGUGUGUGUGUGUGUGUGUGUGUGUGUGUGUGUGUGUGUGUGUGUGUGUGUGUGUGUGUGUGUGUGUGUGUGUGUGUGUGUGUGUGUGUGUGUGGACAUGUUUAACUAUACUUGUGGGGACCAGUAGUCCCCACAAGAAUAGUAAACAAACAACAUUUUGAGCAACUGGGGACAUUUUGUUAGUCCCUACAAGAAAAAGGGAUAUUUCUAAGGGGUUUUAAGGUUCAAAUUAGGGGUUAAAGGUUACUGUUACAAGUUACGGUUAAGAUUAGGGUAAAGGGUUAAGUUUAGGGUUAGGGAAAAUAAGAUUUUAAAUGGUAAUCAUUUGCUGUGUCCCCACAAGGUUAGUUAAACAAGACUGAGUGAGAAUGUAGUGAUGUAGGACAUUUGUAAACAAAGUCUCCGGUCUGGUUUUACCCAUAUUGUAUUAUUGGUGUGAGUAUUUCUGUUCUUCAUGCAGAUUGGAUCUUCUAUUCAACAAUAAAAUAAAAAAAGAUAAUCCUUUGUA